AUGGCAAGAAGAUCAAAACGAUCACUCGGAAUAGCACGAAUCCCAUUGUUGUGCGUUGGACUUCUUGUUGCCACCUCUAAUCCAGGAGUGGAUGCUUUCUCAAGCAACCUGCAACACCAUUCUACCAGAACGAGGAAUAGCUUGGUGACAACUCACCUUUCUACCAGAAAUGAUGUGCUGGAACCAUCGACAAAGGGAUCAGAGGCAACGCCACUAAAAGGUGGCCAAACUAGCAGAGCCACUUCGAUACAAAAAUCCGUGCCAAUAACAAACGCCUUGUCAUCUAUCGCCAUUGGCAGUGAAAAGAGUGCUGAAUACCAACGAGGAAUAGCAACGGUCGUCUUUAUCACCUUCAUCUUUUCUUCCAAUUCACCGGCGUUGCACGCAGCCUUUUCGGGCUCGGGUCCACCUCCUGUUCUGCUGUUGAACGCUGCCGUUAGCUGUGUUGCCUUGAUUGGAUUAGUGAUUGGUGGACAAAGUUUAGAAGAUAAUACACCAUUGCCUUCAGCACUCGACACGAGUGCGGCCGACGAACAAGAAGGUCUUGCAACCCAAGGUGGUAUUGAAUUAGGACUGUGGAAAAUGCUUGGUACCACUGCUAAUUUGUAUGGUCUUGCCAUGACAACCGCUGGGCAUGGGGCACUCUUGAUUCAGUUGACAACCUUGAUUGUACCCGUGGUGCAAGGGAUUCAGGGCGUUCCCAUUCCAAGACGCAUUCAGUUUUCGGUCCUUCUUGCGCUUGCUGGAGUAGUUAGUUUCACCCAAGAUCCAACAGGAACGCCCUCCGCAACUGGAGAUGCACUGUGUGUCCUGGCCGCAAUUUUCUAUGCUACCUACGACUUGAGAUUGUUUGCUUGGGGAAAGCGAGUGGCGCCCAGACAAUUGAUUACCACCAAAAUUGGAACCCAAGCCAUUUUGUCACUAGCUCUAUUGGCUGCCCUCGAUCUGUCGUCCGCAACGGAAUACCUAUCGUCGGGUCCAAAUUGGUCGACUGUGGUUCCAUUGGUAUUGUGGAGUGGUGUCGCAGUCAAUGCACUUGCUCCCUUUUUGCAAGUCGGAGGCCAACAAGCUGUCGGUCCAACUCGUUGCCAAACGAUUUAUGCUAGCCAGCCCUUGUGGGCCGCCAUGAUGAGCUUUUUCUUUUUGGGAGAACAGAUCGGUGUCCAAGGCUUGGUCGGUGGAUCUGCCUUUCUCGUAGCGCUCUUUUUGGCAGCAACCGCAGAUGCUCCAGACCCAAAUUGUGAGCAAGAACAGUGUGAAAUCUAA